AUGGAAUCCCCCAACACACAAACUAAGCCACUGGUCAUUGGCUCCCGAGCAUCCAAGCUCGCGCAGAUCCAGACUGAGAGCGUAGAGGCUGCGCUGCGCGCGGCCCAUCCAUCACAGCCGUUUGAAAUCAGACUCAUGACUACCGAAGCCGACCGAAACCAAAGCCAGGCGCUAUAUUUGAUGGGUGGGAAGGCAUUAUGGACAAAAGAUUUGGAAGUCGGGUUGCUGGAUGGGUCCAUCGAUCUCAUCGUUCACUGUUUGAAGGACAUGCCGACGAGUCUACCCGAAGGGUGCAAGAUUGGUGCCAUCCUGGAAAAAGAGGAUCCGAGAGAUUGCUUGGUAGUCAAACAAGGACUUGGUUACAAGUCACUGGAGGAAAUGCCGAAUGGUUCUGUGAUCGGGACGAGCAGCGUUCGAAGGGUGGCUUUGCUCAAGAGGUCGUUUCCUCAUCUCACAUUUCGCGACGUGCGGGGAAACUUGAGUACACGUCUCGCCAAACUUGACGCCGACGACGGAGCAUAUACAGCCCUCAUACUCGCCGCUGCAGGUCUACAAAGGCAAGGGCUCAGGGACCGCAUCACCGAGAUGAUUUCUCCGCCGGUAAUGUAUCCAGCUGUGGGACAAGCUGCACUAGCGGUCGAGAUCCGAGAAAACGAUCCUCGUGUAGAGGAUAUUGUCAAAGUCCUCAUAGACUGGAAAACGGAAUGGACAGGCGUUGCGGAACGAGCCUGUCUGCGUGUGCUAGAAGGAGGUUGCAGUGUACCGGUGGGAGUGUGGAGUGUUCUCACAGGCGAGAGAGAUGCGGAAGGUGGCGUAGGCCUUCAGAUAACGGGAACUGUCACGUCACUCAAUGGUCAAACCCAUAUCGAGGCCACAGUAGACGAAAAGGUUUCAAAUAUCGAGGAAGCUGAGCAGGUUGGGAAGAAAUUGGCCCAAAUUCUUAUUGGUAAAGGUGCUGACGUUGUGUUGGAAGAUAUCAAGAGAGAUAAAGCCGCGAAGCAGGCCAAGGCGGGUGCGACAGAGCUUGAAAAAAUCGCCGUUCCUCAGUAG